UUACUGGGCUGCCUUGUGAUCAGAUGCUCCACUCUCAGUCACCCCCUCUGAAUGUAAACGGUGUCAAGCCUGCAGAUGUGGCGGUUUUAGCCUCUAUUGGACUACACAUGCACAGCAGCGAGUUGUCCACUGUGGCGUCAAGACUCCAAGAGCUGAUGAGCAUGUUCAAUCCCACAUUGAUGAGUUCCUACUCAGGAGAGACAUACAGUAAUGCCCCUCAUUACGGCGUACACAGCACACUUCUGGAGCAGGUAAAAGAGGUAUCGAGCCACAUCCAGAGCAGUCAGCAUUCUUGGAAGCUGGUGGUUGUUUUUGUUCAAAUGGAUCAGAUGUGUGCAUGUGACAAUCAGAAGUCUGUUAUCAGAUCAACCGUCAGGGAGGUGGAUGCUGCCCUCCAGUUGCUGCAUGCUCAGCUAAAGCGGACCAUUGUCAGCAUUGCAUUAUGGGAUGGAGAGCUUGAUACGUUGCAGAGCAAAUCUUGUCCAUGUUUGGAACUAAAUCAACAGGGGGAGGUUAGAAUUCAGAAAGCCAUGCUGACCGCUGGUCUGCAGGCGUCUUUGGAUGAGCUCCUGGUCAAGAAGCGCUGGUACAGUGACAGGGAUGACUUCACGGUCAUACUGCAGGAUAAACCUCUCAUCGCACAACUCACCUGUACAAUGUGGUUGGUGUCCUCUGUCCAGAUUGGGAGGUCUCUCUCUGGGUCCGAAGCGUCACAUGAAAUUGAUAAACUGACAGUGCAGUUGUGGACAAACCUGUUGCAGCCUACAAGUGGCAACCGCAACACAGACGACAAUGGAGACGUCAUCACAUUGCAAUGCCCGACUGUGGACCGUCCCUUUGUAAGGACGGAGUGGAACUCCCCUACAAAUCACACCAGCAGUGCCUCUCCUCUCUUCCACCCAACGACCGGCACACAGCUACACUGUGACCAUGUCAGCCCCUCCGACUCCAUACCCACUUCAGUGCAUGAACUCAGACCAGGAGAUAUCAGAGUGGUUGCUGCCGUGGGAGACUCUCUAACGGCAGGAAACGGCAUCGCAUCGAGCCCAACCAACAUUCUGGAUGUCUUGACUCAGUACAGAGGUUUAUCAUGGAGUAUUGGCGGCGAUGGAAACCUCACAAAUAUAACAACUCUGCCCAAUAUCUUGAAGCAUUUUAAUCCCAAUGUGACGGGCUACUCUGUUGGAAAGGGGAAACAGCACACACAUCAGGCUUUUCUCAACCAGGCUGUUGCCGGAGCAACAAGCCAGGACCUGCCAACUCAAGUGCGCACCCUGGUGGCCAGGAUGAAGAAUGACUCUAGGAUCAACUUUGAGUCGGACUGGAAGGUGAUCACUGUCUUUAUAGGUGGAAAUGACAUCUGUGAACACUGCUACAAUUCUCUACAGUACUCUGUGGAGAAUUAUGUGAAAAGGAUCAAAGAAGGUCUGGAUUAUCUACACAAAGAGGUACCCCGAGCUCUGGUCAACUUGGUAGAACCCAUCCACAUCACGCCUCUGAGAGAAAUGCACACAGACGCUUCACUGAAAUGCCCAACCUGGCUGGUUGAGAUUUUGUGUGCAUGUGUUGUCUUACCAAUGCCCUCGUCUACAGCUGUGGAAAAGCUGGAGGAUUUCAACAAGAAAUACCAGCUGGUACUGAGUGAACUUGUCGAGUCAAACCGUUACGACACUCGCCCGGACUUCACUGUAGUCAUCCAGCCUUUUUUAAGAGAGGUCAUCGUUCCCAGACUACCGGAUGGCCGCCCUGAUCGUUCAUUCUUCAGUGCCGACUGUUUUCACCUGAGUCAGAGGGCCCAGACUCAGAUGGCUCGCUCCCUGUGGAACAACAUGCUGGAACCUCUGGGAAAUAAGACAACCAUCCAGGAUUUUUCCACAGAUAUUGAGCUGAAAUGUCCGAGCAAGACUUCACCAUACAUCCGGACAUAUCGCAACAGCAAUUACACAUAUGUCGGUCCUUCACCAACACCAGCACCAAAUACAAACUGGGGAAGUGACUUCUCCUGUGUGGACCUUUCCCCGUCUGACUCUGUGCCAACAUCAGUUCACGAGCUGAGACCAGCAGACAUCAAGGUGGUGGCAGCAGUGGGAGACUCCAUAACAGCAGGCACCGGUGCGAAGGCCAGGAACCUAUUAGAGCUCAGUAGAGAAUAUAAAGGAGUAUCCUGGAGCAUCGGAGGGGACCGUGCUCUGGACACUGUCACCACACUACCCAACAUCUUAAGGAAGUUCAACUCGGCCCUCAAAGGCUUCUCUAAAGGUCAGGGGUCGUUCCAGAAGGGCUUCAACAUGGCUGUGGACGGAGCUAUGACCUUGGACAUCCUAGAACAGAUCAAAAAUCUCAUCACUGCCAUGAAAAAACACAAGGAGGUGAACUUUGACGAGGACUGGAAGCUUUUGACGAUAUUCGUAGGAGGAAAGGACCUCUGCCACUAUUGCACUGACCAAAAUAAUCUGUCCCCCAAGAAUUAUAGUCGCAACCUGAUGCUUGCUUUGGACAAACUUUACAAAGAGGUUCCAAGGAUGUUGGUCAACGUGGUGGAGAUCAUGCAGAUGGACACAUUAAAAGAAGUGAAGAAAAACACUCUCGGAUGCUCUCUCUUGCAAAGAAUCAGCUGUCCUUGUGUUAUCAACCCAACUGAAAACUCCCCAGAGUUGGAAGAGAUUAAACGGAUUAAUCAUGAAUACCAGGCUGAAAUCCAUAAUCUUAUUUCUGGACCUCGCUAUGAUUUAAAAGACGACUUUGCUGUUGUUCUUCAGCCAUUUUUACACAGUUCCUUCAUCCCUUACAUUGGUGAGGGGCAUGCAGACACCAGUUUCUUCUCUUUGGACUGUUUUCACAUCAGUGAGCGAGCUCAUGCUGAAAUGGCCAUAGCUCUGUGGAAUAACAUGUUGGAGCCUGUAGGUCAUAAACGGGCUUAUAACAACUUCACAUAUGAUCGCUCCAAGAUCCAAUGUCCCUCAGAGGCGAGUCCUUUCAUCUUCACCAAAGUCAACAGUGUUCCACAUCCACCUAUGACGACCACAACUGCAAUCCCUCCUACCACCACCGGUUCAAGCACCACCGGCACCACCAGUACGACACAAAUGCCCAUGUGUGCACCCCCACAGCCGGUAUGGCUGCCAGUCAUUGUGGGAGCUGUUAGUUUACUGGCGGGCAUCGCCAUUGCUGGGCUUAUUUUCUCUUUCGUGCUAUGUAAGAAAAGAAAAACUGAGUCUAUAGUGGAAAUACAGAAUGCAGACAAUGACAAUGUCAUGUUUGGCACAAAAAUCUAAAGCGGAGGGUCAGGAAAAUGUGAAUUAGAUUCGUAAAUGCUUUCAUUAGAAUGCAUUAUUUGUGUUACUUCGUAUCAGACGACUUGAUAUGAACAGGUUGAAUUCCCCAAUUCUUUUUUUGUACUGCUAGUUAUCGAAUAUAUUGAAAUUUCUUUCCUCCAUUGAUGUAAAAGCAACUUGUGUUUGUGCCUCUUCCAUGCCUUGAAUAAAAGUUUUUCAUG